CUAUCUUUAUCUUUUUUAUUCCUCUCUUUGUUUACUUGAAAGAAAGAAGAUUAUAAUAAUAAUGGCUCUACUGCUACAUCCACAUCCCUUCUUCACGUUUUCUAUUAUCUUCCUCUCUUUCAUUUCAAGCUAUUUCUGUUUCUCUGUUAAGGACCCACCUUAUAAUUAUUACCAUCAAGAAGCUUAUGGUUAUGGACAUUAUUCUCAAGCCUAUCCUUCAUACUUCACCACCAUUGAAGAUGCAAAGUUUAAGGAGUACUUGAUCAAGCUCAUGAGAAACGAAAUCUUGGUCUCCAAAAAUGUCGGUACAAUUUCCUCGGCUAAAACUACUGUUAACGUUGAUGAUUUUGGAGCUAAAGGCGACCGAUCAACUGAUGACACUGAGGCAUUUAAAAAGGCGUGGCAAGAAGCUUGUUCACAAAAAGGAGCUGUUCUUGUGGUGCCCGAGGAUAAAACGUAUCGGCUUAAGCCAAUUACAUUUUCGGGUCCUUGCAAACCAAAUCUAACAGUUCAGAUACAUGGAACAUUAGAAGCAUCGGAUGAUCAAUCAGACUACAAGAAAGAUGGGAGGCAUUGGCUUCUGUUUGAUAAUGUUCAGAAUUUGUUAGUGGAAGGUGGUGGAACUAUAAAUGGCAAUGGGAGGAUUUGGUGGCAAAACUCCUGCAAAAUCGAUAAAUCCCUUCCUUGUAAAGAUGCACCAACGGCCCUGACUUUCUAUAGAAGCAAAAAUUUGAUGGUGAAGAAUCUGAAUAUCAAAGAUUCGCAGCAAAUUCAUGUUUCUUUUAAAAAGACAACAAAUGUUAUAGCUUCUAAUCUCAUGAUAACGGCACCAAGGAAUAGCCCCAACACCGAUGGAAUUCAUAUUACUGCUACCCAGAACAUAAGAAUAACAAGCUCUACAAUAAGAACAGGUGAUGAUUGUAUUUCAAUCGUAAGCGGUUCCCAAAAUGUGCAAGCUGAAGACAUAACUUGCGGACCAGGUCAUGGAAUUAGUAUUGGAAGCCUGGGAGACAACAAUUCAGAAGAUUAUGUUUCUGGAGUAACAGUGAAUGGAGCUAAACUUUCUGGAACAACAAAUGGGGUUAGGAUCAAGACGUGGCAGGGAGGGUCAGGGAGUGCAAGCAACAUCAAAUUUCAAAACAUUUACAUGUUUAAUGUUUCCAAUCCCAUAAUAAUCGAUCAAAAUUAUUGCGACCGAGAUGAACCGUGCAAAGAACAGAAUUCAGCAGUGCAAGUGAAAAAUGUUGUGUACAAAAACAUAAAAGGAACAAGUGCUACGGAUGUGGCAGUGAAAUUUGAUUGCAGUAAGAGUCAUCCAUGUCAAGCGAUUGUGCUGCAAAACAUAAACCUACAAGAGGAAGGAGAUCAUACUGCACAAGCUGUUUGCAACAAUGUUGAUUUGGAUGAAAUUGGAUUUGUUUCACCGCGCUGCCCAUGAGAAUGAUUAGGAGAUAAUUAAUGGAGUUCAAGUGGGUCAAUGAAGAUGUGGACAGCAGUUGAAUCAAAUUGAGGUUUCACUGGUGAUAUAUGUCAGCUUGCAGAAGGAUUGAUGGAGCACUCUGGACUGCAUUAUUAGGAUAUUUAAUUAAUUAGUGUAUGUAUUAUAUUACACCCGAAUAAUUCGAUGUUGUUUAAUUUAUUCCAAUUAUGAAUAA